AGCGUGAUGACGUCAGGCGGCGGAGGGAGGCUGCGGCCGCCAUCUUGGGGGCGCCGGGCGGGAUUUGGCGUCCGUGUCAGGGAGGGGCAAAGUCUGGGAAAUUGAGGCACGCGACGCCCUCCGGGGAGCCGGGAGUUGAGGCUUACAAACCUCCAGGGGUCAAAGGGAGAAAGUGAAACACCACUCAGCGCUAAUGGGAGAGGGGAAAAUGACACCAGUCACAUGAAGAGAGAAAAGAGAAACCAAGGCUCAAGACUCUUUUAUUAAAAAGAGAAGAGUGAAGGCAACAGGAACGAAAAGAGAAAAAACCCAAAGGAACUUCUUUUUUUUUUUUUUGAGGGAGGGAGGAGAUAUGUAGAUAUGUCAGAGGGAAAGCAAGGUGAGGGAAUCUGGAGGAAAAGGAAAAGCAGGAACAAAAAAUUUAGUUUGAAGAAACCGAGUGUAGGGUAGAGGACCUGAAGGAAGUGAGCCUGUAGGACCCUGUUUUGCUUCCUUACAGGGUGACUGACCCUAAGCAGCUCAAGGACAGUGGGGCCCAAUGUGUCCAUGGGACUGUGGCCAUCCCUACUCACCUUCCCCUGCGGCACUCAGGGCCUGGGGAGUGAGUAGGUUCAGUGCCCUUAACACUGUUUCCAGGGCUACUCCUUGAACCCAAGGACGGGAGCUGCAAGAAAUUCACUUGGUUCAACCUCUCAUCCCUCACCACCACCCAUUUCUCAGAUGAGGAAACUGAGUCUCACAGUUGGGUCAUUUACUUACCUGAGGCAGAAAACUGCUAGAGGAUGGAACACGGAGUAAGACCCACGUCUGACUGUUCAGUCAUUAGCUUUGCUGUGUCCAUUUGGUCUCUCACUAGACGUUCUAACUUUCUCGUGGAUUGAACUCCCUAACAUCAGGCCCCUGUGGUUAAACCAUGCUGCCUGGAUUGGAAUCCUGGCCCUGCCACUGCCUAGCUGUGACCUCGGGCAAGUCAAUUGCCCUGUGACUCCAUUUCUCAUCUGUGCAAUGGGGAUAAUAACAGCCCUUGUCUCAUGAUUGUUGUGAGGCACAGAGCAAGAUCUAUGUAGGAGUUAGUUAUUUUUAUUAUUAUCUCCAGGAGUCUAAUAAUAAUAGCUAACAUCUCCUGGGUGUGUCAUGACGAGCUAGGUAUUAUGCUCAGUGCUUUACAUUGGUUAUUCAGUUUAAUCCUCCCAACACUCCUGUGAGGGAGAAAUUAUUAGCCUAACUUUACAAAGAAACUGAGGCUCAGAGAAAUUAAGUAAUUUUUACAAGUUCCCACAAUUCAGAAGAGACAGAGCCAGGAUUCUAACCCAGGAGUUAGGUCUAAGAUCUAUAAGUCCCCCCAGGCUUGUGGUUUAGGUUGAGGGGAUGAAUGCAAAAAGUAGAGGAAAGACAUUGGUGGUAAUCAGUGAGGCUAAAGCUAGCUCCAAUCUGCUCCAGGCAGUCUGGGUUUGCCCUUAGGACAAAAUCACCUGGGGAGGGGGUGUAGCCCAAGAAGUGGAAGCUAGGCUCAGUCUUUGACAAGUUCUCUGAACUUGGGCGGGUUCUUGCUUCUGCUAAGGCCUUCUUUUCUCCAUUUAAAAAUCUGAGGGUCUAGCUUAACUUCUCAGGGUCCUUUCUGCUAGGACUUUGGGUUGCCCAAGUUAUUGGGUUAAUUAGGUUCCUCUUCAAAUGAUACAGGAGUAAGUUGAAGCCUGGAUCAGUUUUUCUGGAGGUGGUAGCAUGGGACUAGGACUUCUGGGACAGGUUCAAUUUAAAGAGGAAAGGUGUUCUACAUUAGGGUCCUGCGUAAGCAAAGGCCUAGAAGCCAGUAUGAGUGUGGGCUUUCAGGUCUGGCUGGGGCUAAGGACAAAAUUGGUGAUCCUUUGGGGUCAGAUGUAUGUUGGGGAUACCCCACAUGCCAGCUUGCUGAGGGCUUCGCAUGCUAGGCUGGCAUGUAGUCCUAGAGUUGCCAUGUGCCAGCUGUGUGUUCAAGGCAUGCAGUCACAUGUGCUGGGGGCUGCACACCCUGGAUGUCCAGGCCUCUCUCCCCAUGGGAUUGUGGGAACCAGGGACGUCAGGAAAGUGGCAAGUGAGGCCUGGGAUGGAGUUGCUUAGCAACCACCGCAUCCUCUCCAGCCAGUUUCUGUUGCCUGGGAACGGCUGCCUGCCCAGAGACAGGGGCGGGACUGGGUGGGGGGUGGUACUUCCUGGUUUCCUAUUGGGGUGGGACUGGUCCCUAGAAUUCACAUGCUUCCCUGCUGUUUCGGUAGCUGUGCCCAUCCUUUCCCAGCCUGUCCCACGCAGGCCUGAGUGCCGUGAGCUCCUCUCUGAUAGUGCCCUGUGAGCCUUCUAGCAAUGCCCUCAGUAUUGCAAGCUUCUAACGAGAGCAGGGCCCUCAGAACUGCGAACUCCUCACCACCAAUGUCCUAGGAGCUGUGGUUGCCACUUCAUCCAGCAGUCCUCCAAGGGGCUGCUUCCCCCAACAUCAGCAGUCUCCCCAUGGGUUGGGGAUCUCCCUGCAGGUGGCGAGUGGGGGCCGCGGCAGCUGCGUCCCCAUGAGGAGGGGAGGAAGAUGCCGGCUGAGCUGCUGCUGCUGCUGAUUGUUGCCUUCGCCAGCCCCAGCUGCCAGGUGCUCUCAUCACUGCGCAUGGCUGCAAUCCUGGAUGACCAGACAGUGUGUGGCCGUGGUGAACGUCUGGCCUUGGCCCUAGCCCGGGAGCAGAUCAACGGGAUCAUCGAGGUCCCAGCCAAGGCCCGCGUGGAAGUAGACAUCUUUGAGCUGCAGCGGGACAGCCAGUACGAGACCACGGACACCAUGUGUCAGAUCCUGCCCAAGGGGGUCGUGUCUGUCCUGGGGCCCUCCUCCAGCCCAGCAUCUGCCUCCACCGUGAGCCAUAUCUGUGGGGAGAAGGAGAUCCCCCACAUCAAGGUGGGUCCCGAAGAGACGCCCCGCCUUCAGUACCUUCGCUUCGCGUCUGUCAGCUUGUACCCCAGUAACGAGGACGUCAGCCUGGCAGUCUCCCGAAUCCUCAAGUCCUUCAACUACCCCUCGGCUAGCCUCAUCUGCGCCAAGGCUGAGUGCCUGCUGCGAUUGGAGGAACUGGUGCGUGGCUUCCUCAUCUCCAAGGAGACGCUGUCAGUGAGGAUGCUGGACGAUAGCCGGGACCCCACGCCACUGCUUAAGGAGAUCCGAGACGACAAGGUGUCCACCAUCAUCAUUGAUGCCAACGCGUCCAUCUCCCACCUCAUCCUCCGUAAGGCCUCAGAGCUGGGAAUGACCUCGGCAUUUUACAAGUACAUCCUCACCACCAUGGACUUCCCCAUCCUGCAUCUAGACGGUAUCGUGGAAGACUCCUCCAAUAUCCUGGGCUUCUCCAUGUUCAACACCUCCCACCCUUUCUACCCGGAGUUUGUGCGCAGCCUCAACAUGUCCUGGAGGGAGAACUGUGAAGCCAGCACCUACCCCGGCCCCGCGCUGUCGGCCGCCCUGAUGUUUGAUGCCGUGCAUGUGGUGGUGAGCGCUGUCCGGGAGCUGAACCGCAGCCAAGAGAUCGGCGUGAAGCCAUUGGCCUGCACGUCGGCCAACAUCUGGCCCCACGGGACCAGCCUCAUGAACUACCUGCGCAUGGUAGAGUAUGAUGGGCUGACCGGGCGGGUCGAGUUCAACAGCAAAGGGCAGAGAACCAACUACACCCUGCGCAUUCUAGAGAAGUCCCGGCAGGGCCACCGUGAGAUUGGGGUGUGGUACUCUAACCGGACCCUGGCCAUGAAUGCCACUACCCUGGAUAUCAACCUGUCGCAGACACUGGCCAACAAGACCCUGGUGGUCACGACCAUCCUGGAGAACCCGUACGUCAUGCGCAGGCCCAAUUUCCAGGCCCUGUCGGGGAACGAGCGCUUCGAGGGCUUCUGUGUGGACAUGCUGCGGGAGCUGGCCGAGCUGCUGCGCUUCCGCUACCGCCUGCGCCUGGUGGAGGACGGGCUGUAUGGAGCGCCCGAGCCCAAUGGCUCCUGGACGGGCAUGGUUGGCGAGCUCAUCAACCGGAAGGCAGACCUGGCUGUGGCCGCGUUCACCAUCACAGCGGAGCGGGAGAAGGUCAUCGACUUUUCCAAACCCUUCAUGACCCUGGGGAUCAGCAUCCUCUACCGGGUGCACAUGGGCCGCAAGCCUGGCUACUUCUCCUUCCUGGACCCCUUCUCCCCUGCUGUGUGGCUCUUUAUGCUUCUCGCCUACCUGGCUGUCAGCUGCGUCCUAUUUUUGGCCGCCAGGCUGAGUCCCUAUGAGUGGUAUAACCCGCACCCCUGCCUGCGGGCGCGCCCCCACAUCCUGGAGAACCAGUACACGCUGGGCAACAGCCUCUGGUUUCCCGUGGGGGGCUUCAUGCAGCAGGGCUCGGAGAUCAUGCCCCGGGCGCUGUCCACGCGCUGUGUCAGCGGAGUCUGGUGGGCCUUCACCUUGAUCAUCAUCUCCUCCUACACGGCCAACCUGGCCGCCUUCCUCACCGUGCAGCGCAUGGAGGUGCCCGUGGAGUCGGCCGAUGACCUGGCAGAUCAGACCAACAUUGAGUACGGCACCAUCCACGCCGGCUCCACCAUGACCUUCUUCCAGAAUUCUCGGUACCAGACAUACCAGCGCAUGUGGAACUACAUGCAGUCAAAGCAGCCCAGUGUGUUUGUCAAGAGCACGGAAGAGGGCAUUGCCCGCGUCCUCAACUCCCGCUACGCCUUUCUGCUUGAGUCCACCAUGAAUGAGUACCACCGGCGCCUCAACUGCAACCUCACGCAGAUCGGGGGCCUCCUCGACACCAAGGGCUAUGGCAUCGGCAUGCCGCUGGGCUCCCCGUUCCGGGACGAGAUCACGCUGGCCAUCCUGCAGCUCCAGGAGAACAACCGGCUGGAGAUCCUGAAGCGCAAGUGGUGGGAGGGCGGCCGGUGCCCCAAGGAGGAGGACCACCGAGCUAAAGGUCUGGGCAUGGAGAACAUUGGCGGCAUUUUUGUCGUGCUCAUCUGUGGCCUCAUCAUCGCUGUCUUUGUGGCGGUCAUGGAGUUCAUAUGGUCCACGCGGCGGUCAGCGGAGUCUGAGGAGGUGUCGGUGUGCCAGGAGAUGCUGCAGGAGCUGCGCCACGCCGUGUCUUGCCGCAAGACGUCGCGUUCCCGCCGGCGCCGGCGCCCGGGCGGCCCGAGCCGAGCCCUGCUGUCGCUGCGCGCCGUCCGCGAGAUGCGCCUCAGCAACGGCAAGCUGUACUCGGCCGGCGCGGGCGGGGAUGCGGGCGGCGCGCACGGGGGCCCGCAGCGCCUCCUGGACGACCCGGGGCCGCCCGGCGGGGCCCGGCCCGCCGCCCCGACCCCCUGCACCCACGUGCGCGUCUGCCAGGAGUGCCGGCGCAUCCAGGCGCUGCGGGCCUCGGGGGCCGGCGCGCCCCCGCGUGGCCUGGGCGCCCCCGCCGAGGCCACCAGCCCGCCGAGGCCGCGGCCCGGCCCUGCCGGUCCCCGCGAGCUUGCAGAGCACGAGUGACCACGGGCGGGGCCGGGCGGGCGCCCGGACUGACCGCAGGGACAGGGCCCGCCCCGGGCCCCGGCCGCCCCCGCUUCCCCAGCGGGCGGGGUACAGGACUUGCGCGCCGGCGCCGGGGACGCCGCGAUUUUGCCUUCGGUUCCCUUCGAAGUCCGAGCCCCGGCUCGGGAGCCUGUCUGCGCCCCCUAGUGGACUCGCGAGAGGGUGCUGCGGACGCCCGCCCUCCGCCCCCCGCUGCGGGCAAGAGGAGCGCAGGCACCGAGGACUCCGGGGGGCCGGGACUCCAGGACUCCGGGGGGCCGGGGACUACGGGGCCAUUUCCGAAAGCGGACAGAAGUCUGCGUAGAGGACCCCAUCCUGGGACUGCUCAGGCCCCCCAAGACUUGACACAGUCCUCCACGCUUCUGGAGGUGGGGAGGGCCUCUGGACAGAUGGGUGUCUCCUGGUGCCCCUACAUUCUUCUCUUUCUCUCUUUUUUUGGGGGAGAAACCUCGGAAUUUCUAUGAGAUCCCCCCCGGGGAGGGGGUCAGUUGGGCCCUCUUCCCUUCCCGUGCCACAUCUCAGCCCCUGUUGGAAUAAAAAAAGAACAAAACCCCAAAA